UGGCGACACAAACGACCUCAUCAUCCUGCUGACGACGACAACAGGAUGGUAUCGAGGCAGUUGGGCAUCUUUGCGACACUAUGCUUGCUUCUCGCUCAGUCUGCACUGGCUGGCACGUUCGGCGGCAAAGUGAAGCAGCUCGGCCAGAGCAACUUCAAAUCGUUCAUCGCCAAGAGCGACAAAGUAUCAGUCGCAGUCUUUUACGCACCUUGGUGUGGUCAUUGCAAGAACCUCGCUCCUCACUUUGAGAAAGCAGCAGACAACUUGCACGGUCUCGUCAACUUCCUCGCUGUAGACUGUGACGAAGCGAGCAACAAGCCGUUAUGCGGCGAGUACGGCAUCCAGGGAUUCCCUACCCUCAAGGCCUUUUCUGGCAAGGGCAAGACGACCCCGAGAGACUAUCAGGGAGCCAGGACGGCAAAAGCGAUUGCAGACUAUGCUGUCGAUCUCAUGCCGAGCUGGGUCAAGCGAUUGCAAACGGGCAAAGAUCUCAAAGCCAAGCUACAAGAAAAGUCUGAGAAGCCACAAGUGAUUCUAUUCACAAAAUCUGCCAUAGCAACACCGCUCUACAAAGCUCUCUCGACGGACUACUACAAAGACUUUGAUUUCCAUCUCGUCAAAGACAACGAAGACUUUGCGCCUCAUCGCAAGACACUGUCCGUCGAGAAAGUGCCACAGCUGACCCUAUGGGAUGGCGAGAAAGCUACGCUGUACACAGAUGCAUUCAAGUACGACAAGCUGAACGCAUGGUUCAAGAAGCAGCUCAAGACGAUCAAAAAGGCUCAGGCAGAGCCCAAGGACGAGUUGUAG